AUGGAGGAUCGCAAGGAGCUAGUGCUUAAGAAAUGCACAAGUCAAUUAACAGAUGCCAAAAUUUUGGGGAGCCAAAGAAAUGCACCAUGGCUAUCUGUGCCCCAGUUUGGAGACUGGGAUCAAAAGGAAGCAUUGCCCGAUUACUCUAUGGAUUUCACAAAAUUAAGAGAAAAUAGGAAGCAGAACAAGAGGGACCCAUCUAGGGCAAGUCUUGGAAAUGAAGAAGAGCUUAAUUCCACAAACACGAGAGCUUCUAACAUUGCUCAAAACGUUCAUCACGACUAUCAUCAGAACCAUUCUCCAACGUCGAGGAGGAGCAUUUUCCGCUACUUCAACUGCUGCGCCAAGGCUUGA